ACGUGAAAACAAAACGCAAUUUGUUAAAAAAAAGUAACAACAAAAACAUAAUAACAAUUUGGAAAGACGAUAUUAUCAUCAUCGUCAGGGAUGGGACCUCAGGCGAUGCUAUUGUCCCGUCGGGGUCCGCCCCCUAUUAGAGCCGAUAGGUAAUAAUUACGAGCUACCGUGGCCGAGGCGAUAAAUAAAACCGCGGCCGCACACCGGUUUCCUUGUAGACGGGUCGAGUUCGCAGUUGAAUUCACACGGUUUGAAUACACAAGAAGAAAAUGUUGCGAGCCGCAGACAACGUGAUAUUGCCAGGGCAUUUUUUCGACUGCGAUAACCACAGUGUUCUUGAGAAAACUUGUCGCGAGGACAGAGUUCGGUGCAUCGGAGACUCGACGUAUACCAACGAAUUCAAUGAAAUAAAUAAGACUACCGAGUACGGCGACGAAAACGACAUGUCGUGGUAUAAACCGCUGGAGGACUUUAGCACUUAUUUGUUGGGCGAGAGUCAUGUCACCGGUUGUGGGAGUGACGGGAGAUCGGACGUGGAUAAUUUCGAGGAUAAGAACAAUAACCGAAAACGACGGAGGUUGGCGGCCAACGCACGUGAAAGGCGUCGCAUGAAUAACCUGAACGAGGCUUUUGACCGGUUGCGGGGAGUAGUACCGGCGACGGAUGCGGAACGAAAGUUGUCCAAGUUCGAGACAUUGCAGAUGGCGCAAACAUACAUAGCGGCAUUACAUGAUUUGCUCGACACCAGAAGCCCAACAAGCAGUUCGAUGUCUCAAGCAUCUGCUACACCAACAUUUUUACCUUACGGUGAGUUUUACAGAACAUCUAAUCGAGUUUCACAUUAUUGAAAUUGUCAAAGUUUUCUAAUAUUUUUCUCGAUGAUUUACAAUAGUAUUUAUUUUUCUCGACAAGUGUAAUUCCGACUAGAAAUUCUAAAAGUAAAUGUCACCCUUACGAAUGAUGAAAUGUCUAAGUUCUGAUGACAUUUCGAAUCAACACAAAUGUUUUAUAGUUUUAGUUUAAGAUUAGUUUUAAUUAUAUUUUAUGAGACUGAAUUGUUAAAUUAUUUAAUCGUGUAAAUAAAAAUACAAAAUUUUAAA